AUGGACUCGAAUCCAUCCUUUCGAGGGCUAUCAGCUCUUCUGCAACUGAGGCUGGUCCGCGAGCUGGAGCAGUCGCGUCUUCGGCUCACCGAAGCGUUGGAGCGUUCAAAUGCACAGCUCUGUCAUGCGGAAGCCCAGGGCAGAAGAGAUCGUGAUCUUAUUCUCGCCUUGCAAAGCAAGGUUCUCGAGCUCGAAUCCUCCCUGCAGGACACCACCGCGAGCAAGAAGGUAGAGAAGUCAUCAAGUGGCUUGAAGUCCUUUGUGCUCGAACCUAAGAAGUGGCUACAACGUGCUGCUCGCUUUGCAAAGUCUGAGAGACGUGUUUCCCCCAAGACUGAUGUCGAAGCGGACUCGGAGAAUUCGCAUCUUCAGAGAAUCUUUGAACAGCUUCCACCGGAAAUCGACCUCAGCACUGUUGUGUUGCCCGCUGAACUCAGAGCUCGGUCGAAACAACAACAGACGACCACCGGUACCUCGAUCGAAGCGAGCUCACGGUUGUCCGACUCGAACGCCGCGACGAACAGUGCGACAUCAACGACUUUCGCGUCUCUGUUUGCCGGGCCACAGGACAACACGAUCCGAGACCCAAUCUUCACUGCCGAGUUUUUCACUAGGGAGUUUAGGUCCCUUUUCGGAAGCAUAGAAGAUUGGGCGAAGAAAUACUCCAAGACGCGAGAUGACUGGGACACCGACUAUAACGCCAUGAGUGAUGAAUUCAGAGUGAACUUACACUUUGCUGCCGACGUUUCAUCUGCAAUUUUGUUGCUGCUAAAUGAAAACCGAUUCCUGGCGAUUACCAAGGUUAUCGCCACCUUCCUCAUGAGAUCGGUUUUGUGCUUGGAUGUUUUCAGAGGUUUUGAUCGAGAAAUCGACACGGAUAUCUCGCGAAUGUCUAGGCUUCUUCCUGAUGAGCUUCAUGCCCAAAGACGUGAUUCACUUUAUGGCGCGAUAGGAUUGCAAGUGCUGCGUCUUCGCAACCGGCCCCCUUUCGAAAACUUUUUUCCACAAGCGCAUGAACGAGAAUACCAACGCAUUGCCUGGGUUGACCUGGCUAAAGUGAUGGAAGCUGCUCACAACUUAUCUCUUUACAUGCACUCUGGACCGUACGAGUUCAAUAUCAAAUACAGUCCAGUCAACGUUCGCUUUGAAGGAGGGACUCCACGAAUUAUCACGUUAAAUAUCACGCCAAAGAUCGGCUUCCGCAACGUAAAUAUUCAGUUUCCAAGCCAGUUGCGGCGGGUGGCAGAUGGAGAAUUCGUGGUUGAAAAGGACUUGGCUCCGCUGCCAGCGUUAGCUAGAAAGCUCCAGGAAACAGGGAGGGUAUCUUACCGGCGGAGGACCCUCGAAAACGCCCCUUGGAGAGGCAGGGCCGCAAGCAUCACCACCAAGGCCAACUAUGCCUAGAGCUAAGCCCUUGGUGAAAGCACCUUCAAACCCAGCACGCCAGGGAAAGAUAGUACGGAGGACGUGAAGCUCUUCUGGCCCCGCUCAGCUUGGGAAGCUCGAGUUGAAGGAAGGGAGCGCGGGAGCGCCAAAAAAGGCAGCCUAGUGUCUUGGUGCUUCGAUUGUUUGGCAUGCAGCUAUAGUGCAUCAGGCCGCACGCGUCCAACUUACACUUAAUUGCCCCAAAUGAUAUCCGAUUAUGUGAGCCUUAAGUAUUCUCUUAGACAGUGGUUCCAUGCUAUCCUCUUCACUUUGCAAAUCAUUCCAGCCGUACGGCCCCUUCACCGGUCUUAACGAUCCAGGCCUCCCUCCUGGCUCCUGCUGCCAUUGUGAUGCAGCCCGUGGAUAGUACGCUUAAGGGCCUGAUUCAUUCCUCUCAUCCUUCAAUGGCCAACCCCUUACCAUGCUGGAAUUCAUCCCU